AUGUUUGGCAUUCAGAGAUCCCUUGUCACCUUCGUCGUGCUCUUCGGGGUGCUGGCGGUCCUAUUUUCCCAAACUGUUGACGCCUCAAAAGGACCUAAGAUCACUCACAAAGUGUACUUCGACGUCCAACAAGGCGAUGAGAGCCUUGGUCGUAUUGUCAUGGGUCUCUACGGCAAGACAGUCCCUGAGACAACGGAGAAUUUCCGUGCUCUUGCUACCGGCGAGAAGGGAUUUGGAUACGAGGGAUCGACGUUUCAUCGUGUGAUCAAAGACUUCAUGAUUCAAGGCGGCGACUUCACCAAAGGCGAUGGCACAGGUGGCAAAUCAAUCUACGGCAAUAAGUUCAAGGACGAGAACUUUAAGCUGAAGCAUACCAAGAAGGGCAUGCUAUCCAUGGCAAAUGCUGGUCCCGAUACCAAUGGAUCACAGUUCUUCAUAACCACUGUCAUCACAUCAUGGCUGGAUGGUCGUCAUGUAGUUUUCGGCGAGGUCCUUGAGGGUUACGACAUUGUCGAUAAGAUCCAGAAUUCAAAGACAGCUCGCGGAGAUAAGCCUGUCGACACGGUCAAGAUUGUGAAAAGCGGCGAACUUGAAGUUCCACCCGAAGGUACCCACGUUGAGCUUUAG